ACAACUCUUAUUGUUUGUUUUUCUUCAAGUUUUCAGUAAAGGGGGUGUCAAGUUUAAAAGACGACCUAUCUUCACAGCGAAAUUUAAAAUACCGUGCACUUUCUUUCCCAGUCACCCCGGGCAACCCUACGACUCUUCUCCGGAAAGAGAGGGAGAGGGCUCCUGUAUAGCACACACGUCUUGGUUGACUUAGGCAAACGUGUCAUUGAUCCGCGUAUUUAAUCGGAUGGGAUUUGCGAGCUUAUAAAAAUCUAGUGAUUUAAACAUUUCGAGAGGAAGAAAAAAAUACCUCGUUCCAUUCUUCAAUAAGAAUAUUUCAUAUACUCGUACCUCAGAGGUAUUUCAUUAACAGGCAGUGAUUCUGGGAAUUGAUUUUUAUGAUUUUUUUUCACUUGGAGUUUUGUCAUUUGAAUCGCAAUGAAAGAUGGCCCACAGUUGAAGUCGAUAAUUGGAUAAUUUUUACCUGAGCAGAGGUUGAUUUGAAAUGCUGAUAGACGAAGAUCGAGGUUUCAGCAGAGAGUGAUAAAGGCGAGUUCCGGUCAUGAGUUCGAUGUACUACAGGGUGGACCUACCCCGACCAAAGUCCCCCACGUUUGGGAUGGGGACGAGGACAGCGAAAGAGAUCAAGGAAAUCACCGAACGUCUGGUUAAAUCUACGUACGAGAGAAAGCUAGCGACACAGGAGAACAAACAAGUGAAUAACUAUGAACAUCUACUGGAUUCCGGAAAUAGGAAACGAAUGCCGUCUGCUUGCCGCGAGCGGAACAUGCGUCCGCCACCGAGUAGGGAAUCGGACGGCAGGAGAUACACCGACCGUGACUUCCGGGUCCUGAUGAGGCGGUUGAUGAGACCGACUAUGAGUGCCAGCGCCAAAUACCAGAAACAAGAUGAAGACAAUGUGGAGAAAGCCCAGAACUUGAAGGAGGGUAAAAUCGUCCGCGACAGGGAGGGCUCCGCUAAAAGUGUCCGUCGGAUCAGCCGACCUACUACCGCCUCUCGCGCAAAAACUUUCGAGUGCCAUCUAUGUUAUGAACACAUGAAUAAAAAAUCUGAAACGGAGCCAGACGCGUUCGAUUAUGAAUACUCGGAUUCGAAGAAAGUUCCUAAGGAAGAGCUGGACUAUAUCGUCGAGAGGGUGGCGAUGCCAACCUGCUCUAGUGCCAAAGGUGUGAGGAAGUGUGCCAAGACUCCCGUGUACAUUGACGAGGUCAAAAUCCGGGAAAAACUUCCGCUGGUUAGUGGUCUGGAAAGAAGCAAGAAUGUGCAGGAAAUAACAAACCGUCUUCAUCAACGAAGGUACAAAUUUACACCGAUGGCGACCGAAAUCUCCGUCUUCUAGUUUUUUGUGAUAAACAGGGUAUCUGUGAUUUUCGGAUGAGCAAACGAAUGUUCGUUAUUUUUAUUCAAGUGAAAAUGAAGUUUCGUUUCGAUUUUUGAAGAGCGAUUACGGUAUUAACAUUGAUGAUAUUCAGAGUUUUGAGUUUCAGUGCACUUUUACUGUCAUUUUGACACAUUCUAUUUUAAUUUAAGAUAGGACUUUAUCGAGUACACAUUGUAAUGCUAUCUGAUUUUCUUCAACCAUUUUUACUGACUUGUUUAACCUUGAACAAAAAGUCAAUACAAAUUAAAAAUUAAAUGAAAAA